AUGCCCGCCUCGCGCCUCCCGCCGCCGGCCACGGAGGGGCAGGUGUGUCUGUGGCACCACUACCUGCUGGCCAUCCGCUCGCGGGAGGCCGCGCGCGUCCGGGACUACCACGGCGCGGAGAACGUGCUGCUGACGGUGCUGGAGCGCGUGCACGCCCUGGACCCCCGCUUCCUCGUGGACUACUCCCGCGGCCCGGGGGCCCUCCAGUUCGCGCUGCGCUCCUCCGAGGGCCCGCUGGACGUCGAGGUGCCCCUGCGGCUGGACCCCGAGGACCUCCUGAUCGAGGGGCCGGAGGCCGCCGGGCCCGGGGACGGUCCCGCCCGCUGCCGCCUGGGCGUCCCCGCGGCCGCGGCCGGCCUGGAGCCCUGGACGGCCCACGACGUCUUCAGCGCCGCCUCGGAGGGCGGCGCCCCGUGCCGGGGGCACAUCGUCCCGGGCAAGGUGCUGCGCGUCCUGCGGGACCUUCUGGUGGCGGCCGCGGUGUACUGCAGGCACCACGGCCUCGUCCCACCAGGCCUGCCUGGUCCCGGGCAGGCAGCUGACCGCCGAGUCCAGACACUGUCGCUCGCCGUCCGGCUCCUGCGUUCCUCGGCCCCUCGAGCCCUCGUCCAGUCAUCUCCAGAACCUUCUAAUUACUGCGCUGACGGGCUCCAGGCCUGCUGCCAGGGCGCAGCUGGGCCUGCGGAAGAUUCCAGGCAUUGCUCCCAGCACUUACCUUGGAAGGGAGGCACGAAGCUGGGGCCACCACCUUGGAACCGGUGGAACCAGCUGGGGCUCAGGGGCCAGGGGAAACUGAGGCUCACGGGGGAUGGAGGGCUGUGGGGACCCUUUGCCCCCGCACUGGGGGGAAACUGA